AUGAAUACAUCAUUUGAUAAGUCUAAAUAUUCCAAUGUAAAAAAAAUUAUUCUUCUUUCUGGUAAGCGUAAAUCUGGAAAAGAUUAUAUCGGGGAAAAAUUAGCUGAACAACUCCAAGCUGUACCUCUACAUCUAAGUGAACCAUUGAAAUUAGAGUAUGCUCGAUUAAAUCAAAUCAAUGGUGAACAAUUAUUAGAUUCAUCUUCGUAUAAAGAAAAUUAUCGAAAAGAUAUGAUUAGAUGGGGUGAAGAGAAACGAGAUGAAGAUCCGUCAAUUUUCUGUCGUUUGGCUAUUGAACAAAAGCAUGAAAUGUGUUCGAUAAAUCCAAUAUGGAUUAUUUGUGAUAUUCGACGUUAUACAGAUAUUGAUUUUUUUCAAAAAUAUUUUUCCGAUCGUUUAUUACUUGUUCGUAUUGAAGCAUCGAUUGACACGCGUAAAAUGCGUGGUUGGAUUUUUACAUCUAAUAUUGACGAUUCAGAAUCGGAAUGUCAACUUGAUAAAAAUGUUCAGUGGACUUUCGUAUUUUCGAAUAAUGAUACUGAUAGUUUUCAUGAACAAAUGAAUAAUCUUAUUGAGAUGAUAAAUUCUUAG